GUCCUGGUUUCCUCUCUCCCAGACCAAACCUGAUGAUGGAGAUAUCUCCUUUUCUUUGUUCUAACGGCCUAUGUCUACUGCGACGCUGUUGCUAUCAUACUCCAGAUGACACCUAUCUCCCAUCUACUUUGACUGAUGACCCAGCCAGAUGACAAGAACAACCCAGCUGUGCCCCAACUGGUCCAUUCUGAGGGCAUUUCUCUCAAAAUGACCCUUGUUGACGUGAAUAAGGGACACAACUGACCGCCUCUUCAGUUCGGUAUCCAGCCUCUUGGUUGCCGUCGCCAUCUUUCUUUUUGCCGACCGCCAUACGCUCAGAGCUCUCAUACAACGCUCUGUAUGUGCUUACAGCACUUACAAGCAGAGACACCCCUCUACACCCAGCAAACUGUCUAUGCUCAGCGUGAUGGAGGAUUAUUAGGUUCGUGAUCGCACACCCAAGGCAACUUGGAGGAUGAUCUAAGCCGAAAACGAGCUUGGUGCGGCCCCAAUUUGGCUUUGCAUUUUGAAACCCGUGUUUGGUCAAAAUCCGGAAGUUCCAGGAGUGAGAGGCGAGCGAGGAGACGAGACACCCUGCAAUUGUCAGAGCAAUUUUCUUUCACCGGGCAGUCAAGCCAAACGCCAAAGAUCGAGUUCCUACGCAAUGGGGGCGGUUUUUCGCAUUGAACGACAAAUGCUGGGAUAUUGGGGGGUCCCUGCAGUCGCCGCCAACGUGGACAGACGGCACAGUGAGCGCAGCGUGACGGAAGCGGGUAAGAGAGAAGCAAAAACUGGGAUGGCGCUGCUAUUCUUUUCGCACGACAAAACCCUGCGCCCGCCCCAAGGCCAAUGAAGAUUCGCAGAUGGCCAGUUAGCGGACAGGCCCCCUCGGCCUCUGCGCGUGGCCCAAGAAAAGCCGAGUGGCACCGGACCGCCCACUUUUUGCCCACCAGGGAGCCAACAACGCCAAACAACAGGCAGCCAGAGGCUUUCUGUGCGGCUUGCCUCCCUCUAUCGCCUCUAGUACCCUCUCCCUCUCUCGCUCACCCUCGCCGCCCUGGGUCGCAUUGCCUAUCUCUCUUGUCACUCUCCCCCCUUCCCAAGCGCUUUCUUUAGGCUCCCAUUUUUUUUCGACCUGCCCCCGAUUCCAACCUUUGCGGUGCCUGUCCUGUUGUCCAGUUUCUCCCCGGUUCCAGGCAACUGCUGUUUUGUGUUUCAUCAAUUCCCAUUCCCAUCCAUCCAGUUGUCAGCUCAGACUCUCUGGCUGUCGCUUGUCAUCCCUCGGACGGAUCGUCUCCCACUCCGCCCUGCCCUGUCGUGGUGAUUGUCUCUUUUCUGUUCCCUGCAGUGUCCGAACCACCACGUAUCAUCAACCUUGGGAAAGGAAAACCAAAUCGCUUCCAUCUAAUCACAUCCACACGUUCCCAGUUCUCAGUUGUCACACGCCGCCGGGGCUAAACCCUUUUCGGCCGUCCCCCAGCCCUCAGGAAAAUCGUCCCAAUCUCGACUUUCCGAUCGGUUCGCAUACCUUUACGCCUGUGACGAUUCCGCUCAAACAUCGCCAGUCAGCCAAUGGAUAACCGAACCUCAUUCGAGCCAUGAACCCUUGGCUGACCGACGCCUCCUCGAAUCCAAACAAUCAUGUUGGCUUUGGAGGCCCAAUGGAUGCUGGCAUGUCUUUCCUGCAACCUCCUCAGACGAUAAAUCCUGCGCAAUUCCAGAAUCCCGCCUUCCUCAAUGGCGCUGCUCGAACCACCUCACCUGCCUUCCACAACCCCGUCUAUCAGACGAACCCGGUGAUACCUUCCAAAAGAGCAAGAGAAGAUAGCUUGGUCACUUCACCGCGGCAGGCGCCAGGUGGCGUACCUGGUUCGCGAUCACAGACUCCGGGACAGGUCUCCUUCGCGGGAUUUAAUCCUCAAGCGAACGGCGUACCCGCUAUCUCAAGUGCUCCCACGCCUUUUGGCCAUCUCCAGACAACAUCUAAUGCCUCACCGUCUCCUACCAUACAACAGUUGAACCAUUUCACCUCGGCCCAAGCCACUCAACGCGUCGCGACGGCGUCUCCUAGUCCCUUUUCUCCUCAACAUGCUCCCCCACACGCUUCUCCAGCUCCCUCAGACCAUGCCAGUCGCGUUGGCACACCCCACGACAAUCCCCAAAACUUCAUGCCCAAUGGUGUUUUUGCACCGGGGUUUAAUCAACCCCAAUUCGGUCAGAAUCUGAGCAACGGGAUGCCACAGGUCGGGAUGAAUCCCCAAAUGAACAUCGCGGCGCAACAUCCAACUGUCGCUGCGGCUCAGCGCAACUAUCAAAUGCAUCUUCAGGCGCAAGCGCGACAGAUGCAGGCGCAGGCGCAGGCGCAAGCUCAAGCUCAAGCUCAAGCUCAAGCUCAGGCUCAAGCUCGUGGCAUGAAUGGUAUACCGGCCAAUCCUAACCAAGCCGGUUCCAACCCCCAGAUGCCGCAAGGAGCGCCUACCGCGUUUCAUCCUCCCAGACCAAACAAUCCCGAAGAUUUUAUACGGGGCUUGCAACAAUUCAUGGCUGCGCGCAACCGCCAGGUUGAUCUAAAUCCAGUGAUAUGUGGUCGGCAACUGCCUUUGUUGCGGCUAUACGCAGCUGUGGUGAAAAAUGGGGGUUCCCAAAGGAUAUCAAAGCUAAAUCAGUGGGCCGCAGUUGCGCACCAGUUUGGGUUCCCACUACCACAACACAUGCAAGCAGCUCAGGAACUCCAGGCGUACUGGAUGAACAAUCUGGCCCCGUAUGAGGCUGCUUGGCAACUGUCGCAACAGAAACAAAAGAUGGCGGCCCAGGCUGCGAUACAAAGCCAACCUCAGAUGUCACCUCCGCGCGAUCAACCUCAAGACCCAACCCACCAGAGAAGCGCGUCAGCCAACGGACCAGUCGCCCAACAACCGCAGCAUCCUGCGGCAAAUGGAUAUAUGCAGCCACCGCACGCUCAAGGGCCCCAAGAUCUCACGGGUGCUUCUCAACACCGGUCUAGCGUAUCCCGACAGUUCGAUCCUCAACAGAUUGCUGCCAUGCAGGGCCAGGCCCAGGUCCAGGUUCAAACACCCCCAAAGCGACCUCAGACGAGCGGGGCAAAGAUGGCAGAACCCGAGCCUGACACGAGCAAGCCUUUGUCAAAACCCAUUCAAGACCCUUUCAAGCCUGACGUCCUCCCUCCAAGCAGGUUUCAUGGACCAAUCAACGUGGAAGAGAUGUUCAUCAUCGGACAACACAUUGCUGAUUCCAAGCCAUUCGUGCCAUCUCUUCGAGAGCUGGGAGUGAUCGACAUUCACGCCUUGACAAUGGCUGUCAAAUCGGGAAUACAUGCAGAGACACGAGUAGCACUGGACACGCUUGUGACGCUGUCGAUGGAAUCUGCAUUGCCGCUGGCAUUAAGUGAAUGCGAUGAUCUUGUUGACACUUUACUGGAUUGUGCCCAGGAUCAGGUCACUUUCCUCAGCGAACAUGCCACCGAAGUCUCUGACGAAAUGUUCCUCACUUCAUACGAAGAUCUUGUUCGGGCUUGUCGCAUCGAGAACGAGUCCUUGCAAGAUGCCCCCGAGUUUGGAACGGUCGCAUAUGAUCUCGAACGAGCAGCGGACCGCUUGAUAUGUAUCACCACUCUGUUGCGCAAUUUCUCUUUUUACGAAGCCAACUUUGUCCCGCUUGGUCAGCCAGAGGUUGUCAAGCUACUCAGCACUGUGAUUCGAUACCUCGGCACCACCGAAAUGUUCCUGCGACACAACAGAAACACUCUGGAUUUUAUGAAAGACGUGGUCAUCUAUUUUAGUAACUUGUCGACCUUGCUUCAGCUUCCCGGGAAGGAAGAAGCCCUUUGUGUCCUUCAUUUCCUCCUCGCCUUCGCACCAACCCCAGCACCUACCUCGAGCUCCAACGCCAGGGUCUCUUUCAUCCCGUACACGCCAGCUCUACACAAGUAUAUGCCUUCUGCUGUCGAUAGCCUCGCCAAGCUCCUGGCGCGUGACGAACCGAACCGGACGUACUACAAGGCUAUCUUUGCAGCGGACGGUCACUCAAACCCCCCAUAUGAGUUGCUGACGAGGGCAUUCGGACUAGCCAUUUCUUCAAUACCAGCAAACUCAAACCAUACCAGGCAACUCAUCGAGGCACGGAAACCUUUCCUGCUGCAAGGAAUGCUAGCAGCAGAAAUCCUGGCUGGCCUUGCGCCAGGUUCAGACCAUCCAUUGGCGCGCUCGUGGCUCGAGUCAGAUGAUGGCUUCGCCGGCAAUCUUCUACGGUUGGUCGGUCUGUUGAGUGCGGAUCGGACGACGCAGACUGUUCCCAGACAUCCACAACCAAACAACAGAAAUAAUGCUUUUGAGCCAGACAUCAACGGUUAUGGGGCAAUCGCCAAUCGCGCUAUCGCUGUCCUGAAGACAUUGGUGCAGAAAGCCCGCAGGACUGAUGAAAAUGGCUCGACAAUUGUACCAUUGGGCAUUAUGCCAAGCAAGGAGAGUCUGCUGGGAGCGAUGAUCCAGAAAGAUAUUGACCCUGGCAUACUGCGGCAGCUUUGUGUUUAUGCUGGGCUAGAGGAUUAGUACGACGAGCAUUGGAUUGCAUGAGCGCGGUUGAGCUGACGUCUGGGAUUUUGAGCAUACCCUAUUGUAUUCAUCCAGCGUGUGCAUAAACGAGUUGGCGGAGAAGAGCAAGCUUUGCUAUGACAGGAACUUUCAAUGGCUCGACUUGAGGGCCCUUGUGUACCCCGACACGAAACUCCAACGGUUGGGUACUAAAGAGAUGUUUUUCCGCUCCAGAAAGAGAGGGAAGAGCACAAAAUGUGUGUACUUAGUCUUCAACUUGAUUCAAUAAAGAAACUGUUUGACUCGAA